AUUCUGAUUACAAUUUUUAGCAGUCGAAGAACCGCAAACCCCUCGCUCUCUCUAAAAUGCUACUAUAUUCAGUGCAAAACCCUCGUCUCCUCCUCCUCCAAUGCCGGUUGUCCAACCUCCAUCUCCCGCCAAAACCCCUCCAUUUCCACACCUCCAGAGCUCUCUCUACCUCUCAAACUCAAACCCUAUCUUCAUCGCCCUCCUCAACCUCACCACCCACCUCCCAAAUCCUCACAAUCCGCGAAUCCCUCCUCUCCCGCCAAAAAACCGCCGUCCAACUCGCCCAAGACUACCUAAACCGUCUCCGGCACGCCGAGCCACAUAUUAAGAGCUUCUUAUACGUAUCGGAUACUGUUUUGAGAGAGGCAGAAGAGAUUGAUAGGAAGAUCGAGAGGAAUGAGGAAGUGGGGCCCUUGGCCGGAGUGUUGGUGGCUGUGAAAGAUAACAUUUGUACGGCCGAUAUGCCCUCGACAGCGGGAUCGAAGAUUUUGGAGAAUUACCGGCCGCCUUUCGAUGCCACGGCGGUGAAGAAGUUGAGGGAGUGUGGGGCAAUUAUUGUUGGGAAGACAAAUUUGGAUGAGUUUGGUAUGGGCAGUACUACCGAAGGUUCAGCAUACCAGGUAACUGCAAAUCCAUGGGAUUUGUCACGGGUGCCAGGAGGGUCAUCAGGGGGCUCAGCUGCUGCUGUUUCUGCAAGGCAGUGUGUUGUAUCUUUGGGAAGUGAUACUGGUGGGAGCGUAAGACAGCCAGCAUCUUUUUGUGGAGUUGUUGGACUGAAGCCAACCUAUGGGCGUGUCUCAAGGUAUGGACUCGUGGCAUAUGCCUCAUCAUUGGAUGUCAUUGGAUGCUUUGGUUCAUCAGUUGCUGACACUGGAAUUCUCCUUAAUGCAAUUUCUGGUCAUGAUAGACUUGAUGCCACUAGUAGUAAGCGAGAAGUUCCCGAUUUCACAUCUCAGUUCAUUGCAGAAGAUUUUUCGGAGUCUAAACCUUUGAAAGGACUGAGAGUUGGUUUGAUCAGAGAAACUCUUAAUGAUGGAGUUGAUUCAGAAGUAAUAUCUUCAAUCCGUAGUGCGGCUUCUCAUUUGGAAGAACUAGGAUGCAGUGUGACAGAGGUCUCCUUGCCCUCCUUCUCACUUGGGUUACCGGCCUACUAUAUCCUUGCUUCAUCUGAAUCAUCUUCAAAUUUAUCACGUUAUGAUUGUAUCAGGUACGGGAACCAAGUUGUUGCUGAUGAGAUGAAUUCCCUUUAUGGGAAUUCCCGAACUAAUGGGUUUGGUUCUGAGGUCAAAAUGAGAAUUUUAAUGGGUACAUAUGCCCUCUCGGCUGGCUAUUAUGAUGCAUAUUACAAGCGUGCCCAGCAGGUCAGGGCCUUGGUUCAGAAAAGCUUCAAAGCGGCAUUGGAAGAAAAUGACAUCCUAAUUUCACCUGCUGCUCCUUCUCCUGCUUAUAAGAUUGGUAUUACCUUAAUAGUCCUUUUUUCUUCGGGAGGUGAAAAGAAAAGUGAUCCAUUAGCAAUGUAUGCAGGUGACAUCAUGACUGUAAGUGUAUCUAGGCUGCUUCACGUUCUACAGGUCAAUGUCAAUUUGGCUGGUCUGCCUGCAUUGGUUUUACCUUGUGGAUUUGUUGAAGGGGGGUCAACUGGCCUUCCUGUUGGUUUUCAAAUGAUUGGUGCAGCAUUCGACGAGGUGUUGUCCAACCAAAAGUGUCGGACACAUAGUACAUACCCACGUCCGAGUAUAGUGUGUCAGAAACAGGAAAAAUUGCUUAAAAUUGGUCAUAUCUUUGAGCAGACUCUUCAAGGGUGUACUUUUGUUCCUCCACUGGUAGCAGAUAGCUGUGCAUGCUAGCCGCCAGCCAAACUUUGCAUGUUGAGGGAACUUGUGCCCAGUGUUGAAGGCACUGCGAAAUGCCAACAGUAGUGCACACUAGUUGCUGGAUUGGAAAUUUUUGGGGGUGAGCCAUAUUGUUAACUUACAUGUCACAACCGUAAUAAACCUCUUCUUUGUAUAUCCAACAGCUCAGAUUGAAUUCCAAUUACAAGCCCAGUUUCAUCCGUUUAUUUGAUCUCAAAAUAAGGGGUACUCAUUUGUUUAAACAGCUGAGCUCUCGACUUGGCUUUUACUUUA